AUGGCUGCGCAUUUAUGGAGACAUAAUCGGAGGAUUCUCCAUCAAGCGCCAAUUCAAUCGAUUGAUGAGAGAAGAAAUGCCGCCAGACAAGGUAUUAUUAAAGCGUUCUGAUUAAUUAACUUUGAUAACAGUUUGAGAUAUACUAUAACUAUAGACAACUAUAAGUACACGGGGACGAAAAAUUGCUUAAAGCCCACAAGUACAACAUGAACAUUAUAUAUACAGAAAACAAUAGACACUCCAUAAAUUGCUAACAUUUUCAUUCUCUACGUUUCAACUAUUACUUUGUGGUCAUCGUCAAGAGAAGACGAUCCUGAAGAUGACUAUACAAAGUAAUAAUCAAAACGUAGAGAAUGAACAAUUCAUGGAGUGCAUGUCUAUUGUUUUGUGUUCAAUUAUAAAUUACUCUAUGGCAACCGUAAUUUAUGAACAUUAUGUUAGGUAAUGUCAGCUGAUGUUGGAUUAGUUUGGCUUUAUUCAGGAUUUUCAUCCAACACUGUUCGACCAUGUAAAAAUGUUGGAUGCUAAAAUAGUUUAAACAGGCCUUUAGACUGCAAUAUCAUGCAGGCCGAACAUAUACUAUUAAUAAUACCUUCAUGCCGGGACGUAUACGAAUUCGGACAGGAUGAAUGUAUAAACACCGUGCAAAUAUUUUCGACCUGGUUUGGGUUGGAAAAACGUAGAUAACACAUGGUAUCAGCAGGCAAGGCUAGCAAAGUUGAUUGUGGAUUGCAGUUUCGAAAUACAAGGGAGAAAAUAGAAUGAUUUCCGAUCCGAAGAAUGAACAUGCGUACGAUUUUAGUUCCGCCAAGCUCUUAUAUAUACUUCGUCCGUGUCUCAUGUAAACGGCGCUAAAGGGCCUUCGCUGGAAACGUCGAAAUUCUCCUUAUAUUUUUCAGGUAGUUGCAUACCUACGAACGAAAGCUUCAUAUUAUUGCUACUACCUACACUGGCUCAGCUCAAGCUUAUGAUAGCCUUAUGAUAAUCUUCACUAUAUAUAUUUUUUUCUUUUACAGCACAUGAAAGAAAAGUUGCUUUGCUGGUAAUUUGGAUAAAUACCACUUGUUUCGUGUGUUGGAUGCCCCUAACGAUCGUCAGCAUCAUGCAAGUCACCUCUGCCUAUCCGUCACCAUUCAUCAACGCUAUUGCUACCUCUAUACUUCAUAUAAGCACGAUCGUAAAUGCCGUUCUUAACCUGUAUUUUUGUGGAGAUCUUAGAAAAGCAAUAACAAAGUCCUGUUUACGACGUGGUGAUUUAAGUGAAGAUACUAUGAUUACUGAUAUGUCUUUUCAACAGUGA